AUGUCUGCUGAGGAUUCCUGGGUAUUUGAUUCACUCGUCUGCUUUCUGCACGGACCUGUUUGGAAUGCACCGCUUCAGACCUUCAUCGAGCAGAAAUCUCUGGUCUUUGAUCCCAAUUUGCAGGCGGAUGAAAACAAUCCGGACAUAAGACAAAUCUAUGAGGAGUACAAGAAUCUGGUGGACUUUAUGCUGGGCAGUUUCAUGGAGGAGAUGCACAUUACCCCGGAGCAGUUUGAACUGGCUUGCCUCGAGGGCAGACAGCAGGGACAGGGCGAGAAUCCGUUUCAGUUCCAUCAGGUGUUGUUUCAGCAGAUUUGGGCAGCCAACGAUUUGAAGAUCUUCAUACGCAUGAUGACCCAACGCAAUGUGGAGCUGCAGCUGCAGGCGCUGGACUUGAUUGAGAAGCAUCAGCUGGCACAAAGUCUCUCCGACAGCGAGAGUGCCACAGCCACAGACGAUGCCGCUGGCGAUGUGGAUGUGGAUGUGGACCAAUUGAUUGCCAAAACCGUGUCGGAUGACCUCGAGAGUCCCGAGGCUGCUCUGACACCCGAACAAGAUGCCAAUCUCGAGCUGGUCAACGAUAAGUUUCAGCGUCUGAAUCUCUUCUUCGAGCAGGAGGACAAAGUGGAUCCCAACGAUGUCGUCUCAAGGCAGGAAUAUUUGCGUCAGCAGCGCGACAAAAUCGUCGAGAUCAAGAAGCAAACACGAGCCAAGCAGCUGCAGGAAACUGUGGCACGCAGCACACCAGCUGGAGGAGCACGUCCCAGCUCAGCACAGGUGGCACAGCAGCUCCUCGAGGGCGACGAGUUGCCGCCGUCGCCGCCAGCGGAUGAGGCAGAGAAUGCAGCGUUGCAACUGCGUCGCACUCUUGCCAAGCGACUGCGCAACGAGGUUGUGGAGCACCAAUGAAGGAAUGGAAUCCAACGAUUUACACAUUUUAAACACUUUUAUUUUGCAAGUCUAGUUUGGCGCGUCUUCUGUGUGUGUGUGUGACUGUGACUAGUAUGGACUGGGAGUUGACUCUAUGUCUAUUGCAGUUGCCUUUGUUAUUUGUGGUACAAGGUAAUACGCGCGUCUCGAUGUAGCCACACAUCCACAAACACACACACACAGCUCGAAGUGUAGUGUGUGUGCAUUGUGGUUGUGUGGCAGCUACUUUAAUUUGGUUAAGCGAUGAAUUUCUCAAAAUUAACACAACAAAACUAAUAAUUAUAAUAAU